GCUUUCCUUUUUAGUUUAAAAUUUUUCACUCUAUCUGUAUUAGAUAUGGGGAGUUCCUUUGGUUGCGUGAAACAACCCAGGGAUGCCGGACCAGGUGGUCCUGCACCACUGUCACCCAAAAAAAGACUUCGAUUUAGGCGAAAACGAAAGGCCAAACGCAAGGUAAAAGGUGUGGAAGGAGAGGACAAGAGAAAUCGUGUCUUAGAAGAAAAUGAAGGUGGAACUUUUGAACUUACAGACAAGGCUAUGGUCCGAGCCCCCAAAUCAUUUUCUGGCCAACAGUUUUCCGAAACGCCCACCAGUGUUGUCCUGGUCCCUGGUAUGGCCCCUAUAUUUGGAAGCACGGGGACAUUGCGAGGCAGCAAGAUGGCCAUUUUAUCCCCUGAUCCUAGUCCAGCAUGGAUGGGGGCUUUUCGUCAGGCUGAGGUAGAAGGACUUAGUGAAGAGCCUCACGCUCAGUUAGAGCAGGUUAACACAACCCCUGGGGGAGGCAGAGUUUGCAAGGUACGUGAACGAGUUCAGGGGGUAUUAGAGAGACCAAGCCUUCUACGUUCCAAACAUGAUGUUCUACUAAACGUAGAGGAUGAAGGAGAGAAUGUUCAUGGACAUAGUGAGCUGAUGUUUAAAGAACCCUUGAAAUCAGAGAAAAAAGGGGUGGUUCACAUACGCGAAGUUGGAGGACAACUUUGUGUGGUCCGGACUGUCUAUCCAAAGGACUAUGGGUCGCCUGUCUGGCGCGACAAAGACCUUGAAGUCCAUUAUGAAUGUUCAGCUGCAUCUACUAUUACAGGGGGUAUCACGAAAAUACAAGUGUCCACAAAUGAAGAACGACCACCCGGGAGGAUAGAACCUGCCAAACAGGCAACAGCUGCUGCCCCAGCGAAGAAAGGGAAAGAUUUCCUAUUGGACAACUCUGCUCAGAUGACUGAGGACUUUGGCACCCAACUGCAAGACCCUCAGACUUCAGGUUAUGCUAGCGACGUGCCUCUUACCUCACCCGAGGCAGGAGGAACAGUUCAGACUGACUGGGGAAGCUCCUCUGAUGUUCUUGACUCUUCUGUGCUUGAGAGUCCCAUCUCCCCACAAGAGAAACCAGCUCAGCCUUCCACCCAGAUUUCAGAGAUCUAUGUAAGCGGUGAGUCAGGUGACCUCACAGCGAAAGAGAAACUGUUAAUAUGGAGUCAACAGGCCACAGAGGGCUAUCCCGGUCUGCGCUGCGUCAAUUUCUCCUCCUGCUGGAGCGACGGACGCUUAUUCAACGCCAUUCUGCACAGAUACAGGCCGGACCUGAUAGACAUGGAUGUAGUCGCACGACAGAGCAACCGCGAGAAUCUAGAACAGGCCUUCGAGAUUGCUGAGUCAUUAGGUGUAACACAACUUCUAGACGCUGAAGAUGUAGAUGUGUCGUCGCCAGACGAGAAGUCUGUCAUCACAUACGUCUCCUCAAUCUAUGAUGCUUUCCCAAAGAUCCCAGAUGGUGGCAUUGCAGCACAUGAUGUUGACCAGCGAUGGGGUGAGUACCAGUCUGGAUUCUCUUCUCUGCUGCAGUGGACCAGGCAACAUACGGCCCUCAUGGCCAACAGGAGCUUCCCCCACAAUCCCGUGGAACUUAAGGCACUUUACAAUGAAUAUGUCCACUUUAAGGAAACAGAGAUCCCUGCCAAGGAGGGAGAGAAGACCCACAUCGAACAACUUUACAAGCUUCUGGAGACGUGGAUAGAGUUCGGGCGUAUUAAGCUUCCCCAAGGGCUACAUCCUAACGACUUGGAGGAGGAAUGGGGAAAACUGAUCCUGGAGAUGCUGGAGAGAGAAAAGGCAAUGAGACCUGCUGUGGAGAGGUUGGAGUCACUUCUGCAAAAGGCUAAUAAGAUCCAGAACAUGGCUCUGGAUUGUGAAGAGAAACUCACACUGGCCAAAAACACUUUGCAGGCUGACGUGUCUAAUCUUGAGAACGGACAGCCGGUGCGAUGUGAGAAUGAAAUGGGGUUGUAUCUGCAGGACUGUGAAGGCUUGGUCAGACAGCUUCACCAUGAACUGCAGGUCCUCAGAGAUGAGAAAUACUACCAAGUUGAGCAGCUGGCAUUCAGGGUAUCGUGUCUGCAGGAGGAGCUGGUCUCCCUACGCCUGCAGUGCGCCAGUGUGUACAGAAAGGGUAAUUUUUCUACAGGAGGUCUGUUGGGAGAGCACACCGGUCAGAAGGGGUCUGCAGGCAGCUUGGCUACAUUGGGAGCACAGACACUGCUGGGAGCAGCGGGCGCGGUGGCAUCCCUGCUUAGACGGCCGAUGUCUCGCGCAGACCUGGUCGCCAUGUCGUCUUCAGAGGAUGAAGGGAGCUUGAGGUUCAUCUACGAGCUGCUGGGUUGGGUGGAAGAGACGCAGGACCUGCUGGAGCGGGCUGAGUGGGGUUCAGACCUGCCAUCUGUCGAACAACACCUGCAGGACCAUCACAUCAUUCACACGGCAGUCGAGGGUCUUUUGAAUAGCCUCAAAGAGGCACAAAACUACAAGUCAAGGGUCUCGCCUAAUUUACGUAGCAGUUACUCCGAAACUCUAUCCAAGCUGGAGAACCAGUAUUGCAAACUGCUCGAACAUUCGUCAUGGCGACUGCGUUGCCUGGAGAGCCUUCGAGCUUUUGUGUCCCAGUGCACCGAGGAGCUGAUCUGGCUGAAUGAGAGGGAGGAGGAGGAGCUGGCGUUCGACUGGAGCGAUGGCAAUACCAACAUGGCUGCCAAAAAAGAGCAAUAUGCUGAAAUGAGGUCAGAGCUGGAGGAGAAACAGGAAGUGAUGCGCUCCCUCCAGGAGACAGCUGACCACCUGCGUCAUGAGAACCAUCCAGCCAAACAAACCGUAGAGGCUUACAGUGCUGCCCUGCAGACGCAGUGGCAGUGGGUGAAAGAGCUUUGCAUAUGUGUGGAGCAACAUCUCAAGGACAACACUGCCUACUUCCAGUUCAUGAGUGAUGCACGGGACUGUGAGAGCUAUCUACGCCAGCUUCAGGACACCAUUAAGAGACAAUACACCUGUGAUAAAAACAGCAGACUCGCCAGAUUAGAGGACCUGCUGCAGGACUCAAUGGAGGAGAAAGAACAGCUGAUUGAAUACCGCAGUACCGUGGCCAGCCUUGUAGGCCGGGCCAAGUCCGUGGUUCAGCUCCGACCGCGCAGCGCUGAUAGUAACCUGGGCACCACGACACCCAUUCGCACCAUCUGUGACUAUCGACAAAUAGAGAUCACCAUCAGUAAAGGAGAAGAGUGUGUAUUGGAGGAUAACUCUCAGAGGACUAAGUGGAAGGUCAUCAGUCCGUCAGGAAAUGAGGCCAUGGUACCAUCUGUGUGUUUCACUGUCCCUCCACCCAAUCAGGAGGCCAUUGACACUGCCAGCAGAAUGGAGCAGAUGUAUCAGAACGUCAUGUCUCUGUGGCACCAGCUACAUGUUAACAUGAAGAGCGUUGUUUCCUGGCACUACCUGCAGAAAGACAUACAAAAUAUUUCCUCUUGGAGUUUAGACAAAAUGCGCUUGCAGGCCCCGGCAGAACGACAGCAAGCUUUAGACAACCUGGACACACAUCUUUCCGACUUCCUGACGGACAGUCGCGAAAGCUCCCUUUUCACACCGGCUGAGCGACGUGACCUAGAGGGGGAAGCUGAGAACUGUCGUGAACAUUGUCAAACGCUGCUGGUCUCUCUAGAGACGGUGGAGAAAGAUGAGUCGGUCUCUCGCGCCUAUCUCUCUGAGCUGCAGAGCAUCAAGUCACUUCUGGAGGAUGCAGAGAGCAGACUCAUGCGUGGCAUACAGGCUCCACAAGCUAGCAGUAUAUCAGGAGAUGUGGUAGACUGUGUAGUUCACAUAGCAGAGCAAGAGAAGCUACAGCAGGAUCUUAAAGGUCUUCAGUCAGAUAUAAGUGAGGUGUCGCGUCGCUGUGUGACGUUCUUUGAGGAGAAACCCACCUCGUCCAGCGUGCCUGUUCUGCGCUCUGAGCUCAACCUGGCUGUGGAGCACAUUGAGAAACUCAACUCGCUCUCAUCUGUUUAUCUGUACAAAUUAAAGACGGUGGAUGUGUUGAUGAGAAGUCUGCAGGCAGCUGAAAGUCAGGUGAAAAAGUUUGAGAGUCGACUGAGUGAAGAAGAUAUCGUGCCUGCUGAUACCGCUGCAAUUCACGCCUUAGGAGAGCAGUUAAAGAAAUGGCAUUCAGAGCUUCAAGAACAGGAUCACAUCUUCCAGACUCUGAAUUUGGAGGUCCAGAAGGCUCGUGAGGCUGGGAACCAGCUCAGCCAGCUCCACCCCGACCGCAGCCCCGAACUGGAGCGCUACCAGGAGAAAGCACACCAGCUCGCUGAGAGAUGGAACGGAGUACACAAGCAAAUGGAGACACGGCAAGCGGAUCUGGAGUUGCUGGGUUCAGUGUUGCAGCAGUACAGAGAAGGACACGACUCUCUCAUCCGCUGGAUAGAGGAGACCACGGAAAGACAGGAAAACACACAGCCAGAGCAGACGGAUAGCAGAGCUCUCUCAGAGCAGCUCGCACAACAAACGGCCUUGGUGGCUGAGAUUGAACAGAACCAGACCAAACUGGAUGAGUGCCAGACGCAAUCUAAACAUUACUGCUCUGCUGUUAAGGACUAUGAACUUCAGCUUAUGACGUUUAGAGCUUUUGUAGAAUCAACCCAGAAAUCCCCUGUGAAAAGGAGAAGGAUGCACUCUUCAUCAGAUGUGAUCACUCAAGAGUUUAUGGAUCUACGCACACGAUACACAGCUCUAGUGACCCUGACAACACAACAUGUAAAGUACAUUAGCGAUGCACUACGGCGACUGGAAGAGGAAGAGAAAGAGGUAGAAGAGGAGAAGCAGGCGCGGGUCGGGCAGGUCUCAGAGCUGCUCGGUUGGACGAAAGGUCUGCAGGAUCGAGCUGGCAGAUCUUCAGAGCCAUCACUUGCUGCACAGCUGGCCAUAAGUGAGCAGUUGGCAGGUAAAAAAGAAGAGGUUGCUGAAGCAAUAAGAAGCACACAAGUCUUCCUGAUGUCAAAGCAGGCCAGCAAGUUGUCUGCAGAAGAGCGGGCACAGGUGACCUCCCAACUGGAUGAACUCACAGCCACCUACACUCAACUGUGUGACAGCUCUGCUGCCCAGUUACAACAACUGGAGCAACAGCUGGCUAAAGAGGAGGAACGCAAGAGCCAUGGUAUCAUCAUUGGAGUAAUUGACCUUGGAACCAUGGAAACCUUUCCAGUCUUUCAGGCAGCACAACGUGGCCUCAUCGACCAGGACACUUGUCAUGUACUGUUGGAGGCACAACUGAUCAUGGGUGGUCUAUUCCAACCAGAUUCCCCUGAUAUUCUCACUUUAGACAAGAGUCUUUCCAGUGGUUUGAUUGAUAAAAUCACCUACCAGUCACUGGUUGAGUUGGAAACUGCACUGUGUCUUGCCAACAAGGCACAAUUUACUGAGAGUCAAGUAUUACCAGUAGCUUCUGCUAUGGAAGAAGGUGUCAUAACAGAGCUGGUGGGGCUCCGCAUACUUGAAUUGCAGGCAAGCACUGGCUGUCUCAAGUUUUGUGGAGAAUUAGUCAGUCUGGAUAAUGCAAGGCAGCGGGAAUUGCUGUCCGACACUCUUUUCCAUAAGUUGCAGUCCUGUCUUAACCGUCGAGAGCUAAUUGAUCCAAAUACAGCAGAAAAGCUGAGACUUGUUGACUUUCAGCAGCGUUGUGUUAUCAGUGAGGAGACAGGUCUGCUGUUGCUUCCAGUUAAACAGAAGCCAAGUGGAACUGUGUGUUUAUCCUCUGGCAGAACGGUAGGAAUAUUCUGUGCUGUUCAAGAAGGGCUCAUUGACAGACACGUCACAAUUCGACUUCUUGAGGCUCAGUUGUUUGCAGGAGGAAUCCCUGACCCCCGCUCAGGACACAGAUUGACUGUGAAUGAGGCUGUGCAGCAUGGCCUGAUAGAUCAGGACUUAGCAUGCACCCUCAUUGCACGGCAGUUGCAAGCAGGAGGAAUAAUAGAUCCAGUAACCCGGGAGCGUCUACAGUUAGAUGAUGCCAUACAAAGAGACCUUAUAUCUCCACGCAUUGCCUUACGUGUGUUGGAGUCUCUCCAGUCUUUUAGGGCAAUACUGUGGCCAGAAUCAGGGGAUAUGCUCUCUGUAAGUGAGGCGUUUCAGCAGCAUGUUGUCAAUAGAGAGCUUGCCCUGAAAGUGUUGAGCAAGCGUCAUUCUGUUGGUGCAUUGUAUCUACCUGAGAGUAGGCAGAUGAUCCCUCUAGAUAAAGCUAAGGAGGUACUUGAGGCACAGGCAGUAGAUAUCCUAAAUCAGACUCAGUUUCCAGAUGUUCUUCCACAUUUGACGGAUUCUUUUUACAUGAACCGAUUGUGUAUGGGCUCUGCCUCCUCUUCAUCAUCACCUCCCUCGCAUGCAGACAUCCAGUUUGAGUCUUCUAUCACAGAGGAAAGCAGGUCAAAUGAGAAGGAUCAAAACCACCUUCUUACUAACUUAAUGACCCACAGCUACAUAGAUGCUCACUCAGGAGAAAGACUUAUACUGCUACAACCAGAAUUGGUAGACAUACUGUGUGAAAAUGUUCAAACUACAAAUCUUGCAACAAGACCAGUUCAACAAGAAAACUCUGAAGACAUUAGAGUUAGAGGAGACAACAAAUUUGUGACCAUGUUUCAGGGCAGUAUGGAAGAAAACGCUAUGUUAACAGAGGAGAAGGAAGAACCUAUGAUUAAAAAAGAUAAAGUUGUCAAGAUUAACACUGAAUUGAGGGAGACUGAAGAAAAAGUAAAGAAAUAUCUUGUACCCUUAAUAGGAACAGAUAGAGCCAUUGAAGAGCAUUCCCCUAAAUCGGACUGGCAAGAGAAUGUUUUGUCAUCAGAAAAAUAUGAAGAACCCAAGAUUAAAAAACAAGAAAUUGCCAAAAUAAACACUGAUAUUAAGUUGGAAGAAAGAGAAGAGGAAGCUCUUCCACACUUCGUAGGCACAGGCACUUUAAGAGACCCCUCACAUCAAGCAGAGUGGCAAGCAAAAGAUCUCUCAUCAGGAGAACAUGACAAACAAAACAAUAAAAGGGAGGAACUUUCCAUUAGGGAUACUGAUAUGGAAGAGACUACAGAGGAAACGGACGAUGAUCUUGCACCCUUGGCAGGCACAAAUGUUGCAUCUAUGAAAAAGUCACGUAAAGAGAUUUGCCAAGUGAAAGUCCUUUCAUUAGAAGGGUAUCAACAACCCAAGACUGAAAUGUCUAACAAAAAAACUGUUAUAGGAGAAUCUACAGAAAGAGCAGUGGAAGAUUUUCCAACAUCAAAAAUGGCAGACACAGGCAGUGCCUUUAAAGACCCUUCACAUAAGGACAACUGGCAAGAGAAAGCUCUGUCAUCGGAAGAUGAUGAAAAACUCCAUUAUAAAGGAGGUGAAAUAUCCACAAAGAUUAGAGAGACUGUAGAAAUAGAAAAUAAAGGUCUUCCUCUCUUGGAAAGCACAGAUAGUGCUUUAAUAAACCCUUCAGAUAAAGUGGACUGGCAAGAGAAAGUUCUGUCAUUAACUGAAAGUGAAGAGCCCAAUGACAAAGAAGACCAAAGUCCCAGGAAGAACAUUGAACUGAGAGAGACUAUAGAAAGAGCAGAAGUAGAUCUUGCAGCUUUGACAGGCACAGUUGAAGAGGUUUUGCAUGCAAAUAUUCUGUCAUCAGCAGAAUAUGAAGUCCCCAUGAUUAUAAAUGAUACAAUUCCCUGUAAGAACACAGAUAUGAGAGAGAAUAUAGAAAGAGCAGAUGAAGAUAUUGUACCCUUAAAAGGCACAGACAGUGCUUUAAUUGAGACUUUACAGAAGGAUUUAUGUAAUGUAAACAUUUUGUCGGUAGGGGGAUAUGAAGAACACAAGAAAACUACCUGCAAGGACUAUGAUACUGAGUCUGUUGAAGGAACACCCUUGACAGAGACAGGUACAACUUCUACAAUGUCUUCACAUACAAGUCCAUCCUUACUAAAGACUGUAUCAGACAAUGGAACUCAUUAUCAAAAUCAGAGUAUCAAUUCCACACUAAAUGAAGCUGAAAAUAAAGAAAGGCUAAAAAUGGAACAACCAGAGAAAGGUGGAAAUGUUGUGGAGAUGACUGAUCAAAAAGUGUUUGAAAUGGGUGAAAGCAGUUCUCAAUCCUCAUUCCAUGAAACAGCAAAAUUGACACUAAAUAAAACUGAAAAUAAAGAAAGUCUAAAAUUGGAACAACCAGAGAAAAGUGGAAAUGUUAUGGAGAUGACUGAUCAAAAUGUGUUUGAAAUGAGUGAAAGCAAUUCUGGAUCUUCAUUCCAUGAAACAGCAAAAUUAGGACAAUAUGACCCAUCAAAAAUGAAGACUUCAUCAGUAGAGCUGAGUGAUGAUGAAAAGCUUGAAUAUAUGGCUAUGGAACUGCAACAAGAUGGUCUUGUAACUAUUUGUGGACAGAAAGUUAUUUUGGAUGAAGCUGUGGUGCAGGGUUUGCUUCCAGGUCAUUCUGAAUCUUCAUUCCAUGAAACAGAAAAAUUAGGACAAUAUGACCCAUCAAAAAUGAAGACUUCAUCAGUAGAGCUGAGUGAUGAUGAAAAGCUUGAGUAUAUGGCUAUGGAACUGCAACAAGAUGGUCUUGUAACUAUUGGUGGACAGAAAGUUCUUUUGGAUGAAGCUGUGGUGCAGGGUUUGCUUCCAGGUCACACUGCAAUUAGGCUUACAGCAAAAGCCAAACUUUUUGGUGGUUUUCUGGAUGCUCAUGCUUGCAAGUCACUUAGUUUUGAAGAUGUGAUGCAAGAAGGCCUGUUGGAUGAGGACCUGAUGACUUGUGUUCUUUGUUCAGAAAGGAUUUUAGCCGGUGUGGUAGAUGUGGAGCAUGGUCGGCUCUGCUCAAUAAAGGAUGCUGCUGAGGCAGGCCUUUUGGAUGCUGAUACAGCAGCUCAUCUUCUUGAAGCCCAGGUUGUGUCUGGAGGUAUAGUUGAUCUGCGAAGGGACAAGAAAGUAUCAGUUACCCUUGCGGCCAGCCUUGGGUUGAUUAAGGAGAAUAGUAAAGAGGAACUUCUUGCGCUGGAGAAGUCAUGCCAGGGAAAAUGUUCAGAUCCAGAUGCAACACACACUAAGUUGGCAUUACAGCUUCAGAUGAAAGGAGUGGUGGACCCUAAAACCAAAACAGCUGUGCCUCUAAAAGAAGCUCUUCAGACAGGUUUGAUCAGAGAGGAGGAGGCUCAGCAGAUUUUAUGCCAACAGGUUGCGGAAGGUGGCAUUUUACAUCAUGGCUCUGGUGUUCGCCUCAGUGUUGUGGAUGCACAAGAUCAGGGUCUCAUCAGUCACACCAUAACUCCAAAGUUAGAGGAACUUGAAAGAGCUUUCAGGGGCCAAGAGCAGCUUAGUUUGAAUCCAGACGCUACACUUCUUCAAGCAUCUACAGGUUCCAUUUAUGAUAAUGCAUCAAAAACUAGGCUUACUUUGACUGAGGCUGUUUCCAAAAGCCUUAUUGAUGACAAAAUCGCAAACAAAGCUAUGACCUCACCCACUCUGAAAAGCGGGUUGUUGGACCCUCAUAAUGCUCGUAUUGUGCCCUACUCUGAGAUGAUAAGCCAAGGUAAAAUUGACAUUGAGACAGGACAGAGGUUCCUUGAAGUAAGACCAUUCAGAGGUAUUCCAAAUAACCAAACGUAUGAAAUGAUGACAUUACCGCAAGCAGUAAAGAAAGGGAAAGUUGAUCCCAUACCUGCACUCAGAGUACUUCAGAGUCAAGCAGAUACAGGUGGUAUCAUUGACAUUGACAAUGGAAAGCGUUUGCCUCUUCCAGAGGCUGUCAAUAGAGGCUUUGUUGAUGAAGCCAUGGCUAAAUGUAUUGCAACAAAUCAAGUCUCGAAAGGGGGGCUGCUUGAUCCAGCCACUGGACGGAGGGUCUGCAGCAUUACUGAGGCAGUUCAGUGUGGACUUAUUUCCAGAGAAAUGGCUGCAGAGAUUUAUGUAGAUGAAGAUGCGAGCAAACCAGUCUCCUUAACAUAUGAAACAUCUUGUCCUGCUGUUCCUCAGGUUGCAUCAGGGCAGGUUAGCCCUGUAGUAAGUACACCAUCUCUUACAGAAGCUGAAAUUAAAACUGCUGAUCUUCUGACAAAAGAAGAACUUGAAGUAACCUCAAGCGUUGACAUUUCUGAACACAGUCCUAACUUAAAAAACAGAGAGCAAGUUCUUGAUGCAACCUUAUCACAUGAAAUGACUAUGCAGAAGAGCACUGACACUGAAGUUGAAGCUCAAGUCCUGACUGAAUUUGCUUCGAAAGCAGAAAAAAGGCUUAAGCAGGCCAUUGAGGAGGCAAAUCCCCCUAAAUCCAAAGAUAUCAAAUCAAUUCAGCCAAGCUCUGACAAUUUUCCAGAGAUUUCUGGGAUCAAAUGCCAAGAGGUGGCCAAUAAUAACUUACCACCCUCACCAGACCAUACCACAGAAUUAGAGAUCCAGAGUCAGAAAGUAAGUGCUCUCUCCACUACCAAUUUGUCAGACACCACAGAUUACUUGCACAAGGAAAAAAUCACAUAUGUAGAGCGAACAGAAAGAGAUUCAGAUAUCCAGAGGCAGCCUGUAAACGAAAUUGCAAUCUCAAAAGCCAUUAUUCCUGAGAACACAGAUAACUUGCACAAGAGGGAACAAGCCCCAGAGCAAACAGAAUUGCAUAGUUUUAAAGUAAAAGCACAUGAAUCAAAGUGUGAAAUAGAGGAAAACAAGGACAACCUGAUGACUACAUUAGAUGUAUGUGCUUCCACUCCAACAAGAGCUGCUAAUAUAACAGGAAAAAAGAAAGGCAGGGGAAAAAAUGGUAAGCAAGCUAAAUUGGAAAAUGAACGUGAUGAAAAGUCGCAAGAGGUCUGUCAAACCAUUGUUUCACAGAGAUGUCUCACAAAUACUGAUGAUAGUGAAAAAGAUGCUGGUCAAAAGAACGUAAAUGAUGAUAAAGUAGAAAAGGUGACCGAAAAAGAGUUGUCAGAGACAACCCAUACAAGUGUUAAUGUGGCAUCUGUGCCAGGGAGAGAUGAGAAUGCUCAAGGCAUAGCUUUAAAGAUUACUAGAUCUGCUAAUGGAACAGAGACUACCAAGCAAUCUGAUCAUAGGGAGUAUAAUGCAAACAAUGCAGUCCACAAGGAAAAGACUCCAAUACAGCACAGUGCCACAACUUCUAUAGCAAAACCUGAGCAGGAACCAGAAGCCACCCUUAAGGAUCUUGGUAAUGAACAAGAGAAGAAAAAGAAGAAGAAACAUAAAGGUAAAAAAGCUAAGCAAAUGGUUGUUGUUGAAGUUGAAGGAGCAAGAGAAAGAGAUGAGGAUGUUGAGAAAGAGCAGAAGACUGUGAUUCAUGAGGUCCAACCUCAAAGCAAUCAAUCGAAUGAAAAUGAAAGGCAACUUGAGAAAGUCAACCAGGCAAAGGCACAGAAAGAAGUACUUUUGAUGAAAGCUAAGGAAAGCAUUCUUAGGAAGGUGUUUGAGCGAGGGGUCAGUGAAAAACAAGCUGCUGAAGAACUAGAAGCAAUGCGGCAGGUGGCCAGCAGUGGAGAACUACGAGUAGCCCCCAAAGCUGAAUCCAUUGAAAAAAAGAAAAGCAGUAAGCUUCCUAAAAUUAAGAAGGAUAAUAAAUUACACCACACUGGGCAAGAGAUGAAGGAUCAAAGGCCAAUGCUGAAGAUGACAGAGCAACUACUACCUCUGUCUGAGUCUCGUGCUUGUUCCACAGUUGAAGCACAACUUGACAAACAGAAAGAAGUUCAACACGACAGUCAUACAAACACAGAAUUAAAUGAUGAUAAGAAAAAUCAGCAUAUGUCUACUAAGACCUCUGAUGAGGUUGUGGACCAGCAAAAACUGAUUACAGUCCAGAAUUUAGAUUGGCAAGUAAAUGGCAGAAAAGCAGAAGAAGAAAGCAUUGAACCGUUAUAUACAGAAGAUGGAAAGUCUUUAGACACAAUGGCUGAAUUGACAUCAUCAAACAUUUUGGUAUCUGAUGGUCAUGAAGAUGUAAAAUCAAUAGUCUACAAAAGUGUCCCUGAUAUCAUGGCAAUAAAGGACUCUGAAGAGUUUUUGUUAAGUGAGGUGUCUUCUCACAAAGGACAAGAGACCAAAACACCAAUAGACAAAGUAAACAGUGAGCCUCAACCAGACAAAGAAAGCACAUAUGAGCCUUCCAUCCAAGAAUCUAAAAUAUCUAGACUUUCUCUUGUUGAGGAGAUCCCAGAGUUUGAUACCACAAAGAGAGAAGAGGUAGAAGAGCAUACAGAGGGUUUGGUGGAAGGGGCGCCUGAAGAAAUUCAGAUGGUAACUGAACAAAUGAACAGGGACUCUACAAAAUCUAGGAAGUCCUCACUUGCUCGCCAAGAGUGCUUAGAACAUGACCAACAGAUUGUGGCUCUGCUCUCCAUGGUGAGACACAUCGAGGUGCGUCUUAAACAACAGCAGCAACAGUCUGUUGGUCGAAGUCUCGUUGCACUAGAUGACAUCAUCAGACAGACAGAGACCCUUUGUCUGGAAAUUAGUGACCUUGAACCAGAAGUGCACAAAAAAACUGAAGCAGCCAAGCAUCUCCUGAAGUCUAACCCUCAGGAUGUACCACCUCAGUUGCUUACAGCCCUGGAGAAAGAUGAGCGAAGUUUAUCUCGUACGUACAGUGCAGCCGUGGACCUUUCCCAGAAUACUUUGAAGGGAUUGCAAGUACAACGAGAUGCACAAAAAGAAGCUGUAAGUAAUCAGCUGAGAUCUCUAAAAGAACGAGUUGACAACAUUCUCAGCUGGCUUAAGAAGACUGAGACUCAAAUGGAGGAAGAAACAGGGGUAGAUGAGCAGACGACAAGAGAUAAAAGCAUUUCUGAUAAGAUCAAGAAAAAGCAGCAAUUGUGCAAGGAACUACAGAAUGCUCUAGCAGCCCGAUCCAAUGAAGUCAGCACUGUGGCAUUUGAUAUUCAGGUGUUUAUCUCUGAGCAUGCUCAGGAUCUGUUACCUGAUCAGAGCAGGCAUCUUCUUGGACACCUGGAGCAGUUACAGAGGCUCUUCCACCAGGCUGUCGGUCACACUCAUGCCAGAGCAGAGGCGCUGUCAGCCCAGCUGCUGAGAGAAGAGGAACGAAUAAGAAAUGAGCAGAAAGAAAAUGAAGAGAAACUGGAGAAAGAGAGACAAACUACAAGAGAUAGAGAGGUGGUGGAGCAGCAAAAGGCAGAAUGCUCUCAAAAACUGGAGAAUCUUACAAUGUGGUUGGCUGGUGCUGCCAGCCUCCUGGCCAAUCAGAGAAGGGGAGCAGAGACUGAUGAUGUAAGCACAUUACAACAGAAGCAAAAAGAGCUCAAGGAGGUGGAGAAAGACCUUCAGACCAAAAGUGAAGCAUUAAUGGAGACUAUGCGCUCAGUGGAAGAGUUUCUGGCUGAACGGGGUGACAGUUUGAGUCCUGAAGAGAGGAACAAACUACAGGACGCUCUUUCACAAAUGAAGGAACAACACAAUUCACUUACAAACUCCAUCCACUCCUCGCUUGACCAGGUGGACAGUGCCAUCGUCACAACGCUUCAGCAGAACACACAGAGAGCAAAAGCAGAGGAGCAAAUGCAGGAAACACAAGAAAAAAUUGACACGCUGUUCAGAGAAUUGUCAUCACUGGACGAGUCGAAGAGGAGGUCGAAGGAAGAGACUGUCACACACUCUUCAUCAUCUGUAUCAACAGAAAAUGCCCUGAAUUCUCAUAGUGACAUGCUUCAGACGGAGCUGCAGCAGUUACAAGCUCAGCAGGCUCACCUUCAGCAAGUGGCCCAAUCCGUCCGCUCGCUGCUGGAACAGCCCGACUCCAGCGUGCCACAGGAAGAAAAGCAGCGCUUGCGUGCCAAGCUGGACCAGCUGCAGAGUCAGCAUCAGGAGAAGCUUCAGAGUUGUCAGGACAGACUGAGGCGGGCAGAUGCCCUCAGAGAUGAGCUUGCCAAGUUUGUACAAGAGCACGGGAACCUGGGAACAUGGCUAGAUCAGAGCGAACAAGAGCUACGCUCACUCGGGGAAGGUGAAACUGAUGCUAAAGGCUUGAAAGACAGGAUGGAGGAGCACAAAAAGCUUUCGGAGGAUGUUAUCUGUCACAAGGCAGACCUGCGCUUUGUGACCAUCUCUGGCCAGAAGGUUUUGGACACCGUACAGGGAGCUCUGGAGAGGGAAAGCAGUACCGAUCCCGCUCUUGAGGACGCUAGGCAACUAGUGAGCGAGAAGCUCCAGGAUGCCACCCAGCGCUAUAAUUCAUUACAUAGCAAAUCUUCAGAACUUGGCACCCGUCUCUCAGGUCUCCUGGACCGAUACCAGCAAUACCAAGAUGAGGCUGGAUCUUUGGGCUCCUGGCUGAGCGCUCAGGAAAAGAAUGAGAGUAUAUUCAAGCCCAGCGGAGAACAAGCUGACACGCAGGCGCUUCAGCGUGCACUCAGUACCGUACAGGAUGAGUUGGCUGAACGUACUGUACAACUAGAAAAGGUUAAGAGAGCAGGAAAAGAGCUAGUUAACAGCCAAGAGUCCCCUACUCUUCAAAUAGCAGAUAUUAAUAACACUACAGAUGCUUUGGAGAAGCGAUUCGAAACUCUGUCUGAUUCAGUUUCACUAAGAGCCGAGCAGCUCCAAACAGCUGUUGCCCAGUCAGUAAGUGUUCAAGAGGGGCUUAAAGCACUUUUGGCAUGGUUGGAUGGCCUGCCUUUAUCUUCGGCCCCAGUUCAGCCUACAACUCAAGCAGUUCAGGAUGCUCUGACACAAAAUCAGAAACUACGUCAAGAGCUGCUUUCGAGGCAGGGCAGCGUAGAUGCCACAUUCGACUCCGUAUCAAAGCUGUUGAAGUCCGCAGAUGCAUCAACUGCAAGUGGCCUGCAGGGGGCACUGCAGGAUUUGACUCAGCGCUACACAGAGGCCCAGGCCAAACAGGCCGAAAGAGAGACCGAGUUACGGGCGCUUUUGCCCAAGUUGGAGAGCUUUGAGCGCCAGAGCGCAGACCUCCGCAGCUUCACGCAGAGUCGGGAAAGAGCUCUCACGCCAGUAGGCCAGCCGGACUGCAGUGUGGAGGACUAUAGACAGACUGUAGAGGAGGUGAAAGCAGAAAUUGCACAAGAAUCGGGUCAGUUAAAGUCAUUUGUGGAGCUUGGUUCAGACCUGAGCCAAUCUGGGAUUUUUGCCAAUGCCCAAAGCCUUCUGGACACAACCAAAGAGAUUUCUGAGGAGUUUGCACAUCUUGAAUGCAAUGCCAACGAGAGGUUCGAUUGCAUUCAGAGCUGUGCACAGCAGUUAGCUCAGUUUCGCUCGUGCUCUGGCUCCCUCCUCAGGUGGGUGCAAGCAGUGCAAGAGCAGCUACCAUGCAAAGAGCCCAACCUCAGCACAGAAAGCCUGCAGAGGAGAGCGCAACAGCUUAAAGAUCUGCUCACAGAAUGGGAAACCCAAGGAAGUCAAGUUCAAGAGUUGAACAAGAGCGGUUCACAAUUGGAGAGCCUUGUCAUUAACAUAACAGCCCCAAAGAACAAGACUGGUGUUCCCCACCUCAAUGGUGCUUCCAGUCCCAGCAGUGUUAAUGGCAUUCACACCUGUAAAGACCUAACAGAGAUCCAGGUGUCAGUGGCAGACGUGAACAGCAGGUAUGAACAGCUGGGCAGUGACUUAAGGGAGAGAAAGUGUAAACAGGAAGCCUCGCUUGACCUGCGGCAGAAGGCCAGACAGGGGACCGAGGCGCUCGUCCAGUGGCUGGGCCCUCGUGAACAAAGCCUGAUCCAAGGCCAGACCGCCUCACCCUCCCGGCCAGAGGUGGUACGUGCUCAGGCCCAAGAGACCAAGGCUUUAAUCUUAGAGCUCGCUGAGCAUUCUGGGAAAGUGGAGGAUCUCAAGAACAUCCUAAAGCAGCUAAUCACAGAAAAUCCUGAUUCUCCCGAAGCAGAGACAUGGAAACGUCAGCUUGAAGACUUAGACUCACGGUGGAAGAAGGCCAAUCAGACCGCAGCACAGAGGCAGACUGAAUUGGAGGCGUGUGCUGAUAGGCUGGGUAGUUUUGCAUCAGCAGCCGGUCAACUUGGCCCAUGGCUGAGAGAGAAGGAGCUGAUGAUGAGUGUGCUGGGCCCACUAAGUAUCGACCCCAACAUGCUUAACACACAGAAACAGCAAGUGCAGUUCAUGCUACGUGAGUUUGAGACCAGGCAACCUCAGUUUGACCAGCUGAGACAGGCAGCAGAAGGAAUCCUCUCCCCAUCCGCAGAUGAGGACUCUGGUGAUGGCAAAGAUCUAGAGGAGGUGAGACGGGAGUUGGGCGACAUUUCACAACAGUGGGAAGACCUCACAUCUCGCCUCACCGGCCGCUCCCGGCACAUCGAGCAGGCGCAGGGGACGAGCCAGAGUUAUCUGGCCCUCCUCAAGGAACUGUCCCAGAGCGUGGCCGAUCUGGGCGAGAGACUGGAUGCGCAGGCUUCUCUAAGUGCCCAGCCUGAGGCGUUGCGCCGCAGGCUUCAGGAGACCGGGGAGAUUCGUGCGGAGCUGGAGCAAAGGAGGAGUCAGCUGGCUCAGGCUGAGAAGCUGUGUACAGAGCUUAGCACGAUUGUGGCUGAACCGUAUCUCCGAGACGAGUUGCACAAGAGACUGGAGAGUGUGAGCGGUCCUCUGAAAAGCCUAGAAGAAAGGGCUGCUGAUGGCUUGUCCCAGCUUCAGGCCACGCUGUCCAGCACUCAACAAUUCCAGCAGAUGUUUGAUGAGCUUCGUGGCUGGAUGGAUGGGCAGGUUGGAAAUCACACAGCUGCUACUUCUGAACCCUUACCUUGCCAACCUGAUGCCCUGAAGAGCCUUCUCGUCCAGCAGGAGGAUUUCCAAAGAAACAUUGCACAGCAACGUGGGUCCUAUGAGCUCAUCCAGGCUGAAGGGACAUCUCUUCUGGCAUCCCUCCCUGCUGGAAAUGAGCGAUUAGCCUUACAGACUCGACUAAACACCUUACGGCAAGAUUGGGAGGGCUUAAACCAACAAACCACCGAAAAACAAAAUAGAAUUAAAGAGACGCUAUCCCGUGCCGAACUUUACAGACAACAUCGCGAUGAGCUUCUGCCCAUGGUAACAGAAUAUGAGGCGAGGGAGACAGAGAUCCAUCCAUCACUUGACCCUCCAACCUUAGACGACGCUUUGCAAAAGGCUAGACAGCUAAAGCUCGACCUGGAUCGUCGGCGCCCCCUCUUGGAUUCUCUAAACUCCGCGGCAGAUCAGCUGCUUGAGCAGGGAUGUGCUGGUGAAGAGAAUGUGAGGGACGAGAAAGCCCAAGUUAACCGUAGGGUGGACGGGCUAUCCGAGCGAUUGCAGGAACGCACGGCCCAGCUGGAUGAGUUGGGAAGCAGGUUAAAAGAGUUUGAAGACGGGAGACAAGCUGUGGAAAGACGACUGGAGGCCGCCAAGCAUCAGAUCGAAGUACAAGAGGCGCUAGGACCACAAGCCUGCAGCAAUAAAAGCCUGGAGCGUCUGCGCAGCCAGCAGGAGUUGUUGAACUCUGUGCAGCCGCAGGUGGUUUACCUGCGUAAUUUGGCUCAGGGUCUGGUGCAGGAUGCACCACAGAUAUCCGGGGUCAGCGAAGACGGUGGCCAGCGGCUGUUACAACAGGCUCUUGACACGGAAAGAGAGUUUGAAGAAGUUACUGAGAAGACUGAACAGUGCUGCUCAUCCCUGGAGUCUCGGUUGCAGGGCGUGGGAGAGGUCCAGUCACGGGUACGUGACGUGUUCUCCCGCCUGGCUGAUUUGGACGAUGAGCUGGACAGUCUUAGCCCUGUAGGUCGAGAUUCUGACUCCUUGGCCUCACAGGCUGAUGCUGUCAGGGGUUUCCUGAGCCGACUCGAUGCUCUUCGUGCUGAGCUCGAGGGUCAUGGUGGAGAGUGCACUACUAUGCUCCGUAGAGAGGGGAGCUCUCCAGAUCUCCUGGCCCUCAGGAGAGAGACUGAGGCCUUGAGCAGACAAGCAGGCAAGCUGGGAGAACGGGGCCAGAAUAGACUGGCACUCAUACAAGCAGCAGAGGAGCGUGUGAAGGAGUUUUACACCCGUCUGGCUGAACUGCAGGGGUUGCUGGGACGAGCCGAAGAUGGGCUUAAUACACAGGCCGUUGUGGGGACGGAGGUGGACGUCAUCAAAGAGCAACUGCAGGAAUUUAAGGCCGUGGAAAGGGAACAGGUAGACAGCAUUCAACCUAAACUGCAGCAUGUCAACGCUGUGGGUCAAGGUCUUAUCCAGAGCGCAGCCAAACACACCGACACUCAGGGUCUUGAACACGACCUGGAGACCACCAACCUUCGAUGGAACUCUCUCAACAAGAGGGUCGCUGAAAGAAUCGCACAGCUACAGGAGGCCCUGUUGCAUUGUGGGAAGUUUCAAGAUGCCCUGGAGCCGCUCUUGAGCUGGUUGAGUGACACAGAAGAACUCAUAGCCAAUCAGAAGCCUCCAUCGGCGGAGUACCGUGUGGUGAAGGCUCAAAUUCAGGAACAGAAGCUUCUGCAACGUUUGCUGGAUGACCGUCGUGGGACGGUAGAAAUGAUCCGAGCAGAAGGAGAGCGUAUCGCUGCCACGGCAGAGACACAAGACAGAGACAAAAUCCAGAACCAGCUAAAGAGUCUUGGAGAGAGAUGGACAAACUUACUGGAAAAGGCCAGCGGCAGGCAACGGCAACUUGAGGAGUUGCAGGUGUUGGCGCUGCAGUUUCAUGAAGCUGUGGAGCCGCUCGGGGAGUGGUUGAGUGCCACGGAGAGACGCCUGAGCUCUGCUGAGCCAAUGGGAACCCAGACCUCUAAAAUCACACAACAGAUUGCAAGGCACAAGGCUUUCCAAGAGGAUGUGUCCUCUCGGGACAAAGAGGUAGACCACCUCGAGACUCUCAGCCAAUCGCUGAAUCCGCUCAGCUGCGCCGCUGAUCGCGAUUGGCUGGGCGAACGCGUGAAGGCGGUGCGCAGUGGGCACACAGAGCUGCGUGAUUGGUGCGAUCGGAGAGCGGCCAUGCUGGAGCAGGCCUUGGCCAAUGCACAGCUGUUUGGAGAGGAAGAGGUGGAGGUCCUAAACUGGCUAGCAGAGGUGGCUCAGAGACUGGCUGAUGUUUCCGUGCAAAAUUAUCAGCCGGAUCUGCUAGAGCAACAACACAAAUACACACUGGCUCUUAAUGAAGAGAUUAUCAGCCGGAAGAAGACAGUCGAUCAGGCCAUUAAAAACGGACAGGCACUGCUCAAACAAACCACUGGUGAGGAGGUCCUGUUGAUUCAGGAGAAGCUUGAUGGCAUCAAAAGCCGCUAUGCAGAGAUGACAGCGGGCAGCAGCAAAGCCCUUCGAACUCUUGAACAGGCCCUUCAACUUGCCACUCGAUUUGCCAGCGCGCACGAUGACAUCAACCAAUGGCUGGAUGCCAUGGAGGCGGAGCUUAACAAUAGUGAGCCAGACACGACACCGGCCUAUCAAGACAGGCAAAGAGAACUGAAGUGUGUGUCUGCCGAAAAGCGUUUGGUUUUGGACACCGUGAACGAGGUAGGAAGUGCCUUACUGGAUCUGGUCCCCUGGCGUGCACGGGAAGGCCUGGACCGCCUUGUCGCUGAUGCUAAUCAACGUUACCGCCACGCUGACGAAACCAUUACACAAAGAGUGCAGUUAGUGCAGGCUGCCAUCCAGAGGUCACAGCAGUAUGAGGAAGCAGUGGACGCAGAGCUGGCCUGGGUCGGAGAGACAGAGAGGAAGUUGGCGUCACUGGGACCUCUCAGUCUGGAGCCUGAUGUGACUGUGGCUCAGCUCCAAGUGCAAAGAGCCUUCAACAUCGACAUCAUCCGUCACAAAGACACCGUAGACCAACUGCUAAAGACGCGAGAGGACAUACUGGAGAGCUGCAGUGAAGAACAGAGAGAUGCCCUGAAGGUGAAAACGGAUUCUUUAAGUGCCCGUUAUGAAACGGUCAAUCAGAGUCAUGCUGAGCGCUUCUCGGCUCUAGAGCGAGCUCAGGUGCUGGUGGCGCGGUUCUGGGAGACUUACGAAGAACUCGAACCCUUUUUGGGUGAAACUGAGACCUUGAUUACCCAGUUGCCCCCUCCUGCUAUUGAUACAGAGGCACUCAGGCAACAGCAGGACCAGAUGAGGCUUUUGAGGGAGUCUAUAGCGGAGCACAAGCCGCACAUAGACAAACUGUUAAAGAUCGGCCCACAGCUGGCAGAGCUAAGUACACAGGAAGGAGAAACGGUCAAGCAGCGUUAUAAUAACGCAGAGAGACGUUACCUCAAAAUCAAAGAGGAGGUCAAAGGUCGAGCCACAGCCCUGGAUGAAGCCGUCUCACAGUCUGCGCAGUUUCAUGAUAAGAUGGACCCGCUGUUGGAGACUCUGGAGGGGGCGGUUCAUCGUUUGAGGCAGCCCCCUCCUGUGGCGGCCGAGGUGGACAAGAUCCGAGAGCAGCUGGCGGAGCACCGGGCUACAGGACUGGAGUUGGACAAACUCCUGCCUUCCUUCAGCGCCCUGUGCACCCGCGGAGAAGAGCUCAUCAGCCGCGCCCCCCACGACGAUCCUGCCGCUCAGGCGGUGCGUUCCCGACUCCUGCGGCUACGCUCCCUGUGGGAUGAAAUCAGGCAGAGAGCAGAGGAAAGGGAAGGAAAACUUCAGGAUGUUCUAGAUCUCUCUGGGAAGUUUUGGGCAGACAUGGCCGCUCUGCUGAGCACGCUGCGUGACUCUCAGGACAUUGUGAAGGAGCUGGAGGAUCCAGGGGUGGAUCCUUCACUAAUAAAGCAACAGAUCGAGGCAGCAGAGGCUAUUAAGGCAGAGACUGAUGGUCUGAGGGAAGAACUGGAGAUUGUGCGCACCCUGGGUGCUGAUCUCAUCUUUGCCUGUGGAGAGACUGAAAAGCCAGAGGUCAAGAAGACCAUCGAUGAGAUGAAUGCUGCCUGGGAAGGCCUGAACCGCACGUGGAGAGAGAGAAUGGAGAGACUGGAGGAGGCCAUGACAGCUUCUGUUCAGUACCAGGACGCUCUUCAGGGCAUGUUUGACUACCUGGAUAAUGCAGUCAUCAAACUUUGCGACAUGCCGGCCGUGGGGACUGACCUCAGCACUGUCAAACAACAGAUUGAGGAGCUCAAGCUGUAUAAAGUGGAGGUGUACCAGCAGCAGAUUGACAUGGAAAAGCUUAGUCACCAAGGAGACAUGUUGCUCAAGAAAGUGACUGAUCAAACAGACCGAGACAUGAUCCAGGAGCCACUCACCGAGCUACGCCACCUGUGGGACAACCUGGUGGACAAGAUCACAAUCAGACAGCACAAGCUGGAAGGGGCUCUGUUGGCACUCGGUCAGUUUCAGCAUGCUCUCUCUGAGCUGCAGUCCUGGCUCAGUCACACUCACGCCACACUGGACACCCAGCGGCCCAUCAACUCCGAUCCCAAGGCCAUUGAAAUUGAGCUGGCUAAGCAUCACGUUUUAAGAAAUGACGUGCUGUCCCAUCGGGCCACGGUGGAGGCGGUGAACAAUGCAGGUUCUGAACUCCUGGAGUCUAGUCCUGUAGAUGAGAUCAACCACCUGAGGGAUCAGCUGGACGAGCUCAACCGCAGUUGGAAGAACCUUCUGCUGAAGAGUGAUGAGCGGCAGAAACUUCUGGAAGCUGCUCUUCAGCAGGCGGAGGGUUUCCAUGGAGAGCUGGAGGAGUUUCUGCAGUGGCUCAGACGCACAGAGAGUCAGCUGUCUGCUGCCAAACCCACAGGUGGCCUGCCUGAGACCGCCAGAGAGCAGCUGCAACAACACAUGGAGCUCCAGGCUCAGUUGACCCAAAGGGGCGAGCAGUACCAUCGACUACUGGACAAGGGAGAGUCCAUGCUGCUGGCCAGAGGAGGAGAGGACGCUGGACCCGGUACCACACAGACACAACAGAACCUGGCUCUACUACAAAACAAGUGGGCCAGUCUCAACGCCAAGAUAGAUGACAGAAGGGCUAAGCUGGACGAAGCUGUCUCGCUGGCGACAGGUUUCCAGACCUCCCUGCAGGACACUAUUAACUGGCUGACCCAAGCAGAACAGACUCUCAACAUGGCCCAGGCACCCAGCCUCAUUCUCGACACUGUACUCUUCCAGAUAGAUGAGCACAAGGUGUUUGUGAAUGAGGUGAACACCCACCGAGACCAGGUUCUGGCUCUUGAGAAGGCCGGAUCUCAAUUGAGGUUCGCCAGUCUCAAACAGGAUGUGGUUCUAAUCAAGAACCUGCUGCUCAGCGUUCAGGCUCGCUGGGACAAACUCAUUCAGAGGUCACUGGAAAGAGGACGUCACCUGGAUGAGGCCCGCAAGAGAGCCAAGCAGUUUCAUGAGGCCUGGAGGAAGCUGACAGAUUGGUUGGAGGAGGCAGAGAGCAGGUUGGACUCGGAGCUGGAAAUCUCCAACGAGCCCGACAAGAUCAAAGUGCAGCUUGCAAAACAUAAGGAGUUCCAGAAGUCUCUCGGGUCCAAACAGCCGGUGUAUGACACCACAGUGCGCUCUGGGAAGGCCAUGAGAGACAAAGCCACACUUUCCGAUGACACCCAAAAACUGGACCAUUUGUUGGGGGAGGUCCGCGACAAAUGGGAUACCGUGUGUGGAAAAAGUGUGGAGAGGCAACACAAGUUGGAGGAAGCUCUGUUGUUCUCAGGACAGUUUGCCGAGGCUCUCCAAGCUCUUGUAGAUUGGCUGUAUCGUGUGGAGCCUCAGCUAGCAGAAGAUCAGCCUGUCCAUGGAGAUCUGGACCUGGUCUCCAACCUCAUGGACUCACACAAGGCGUUCCAAAAGGAGCUUGGCAAAAGGACCAGCAGCGUGCAAGCUCUGAAGCGUUCUGCUAGAGAGCUAAUGGACACGGGCCGUGAUGACACUGCAUGGGUCAAAGUUCAAGUGCAGGAGCUCAGCAACCGCUGGGAAACUGUCUGCGCCCUGUCAGUCUCAAAACAGACCCGCCUCCAGCAGGCUCUCAAACAGGCGGAGGAGUUUCGCACAGCUGUUCAGAUGUUGCUGGAGUGGCUGUCGGAGGCAGAGCAGACCUUGCGUUUCCGCGGUGUCCUGCCAGAAGAGGUGGAGACUCUACAGGCACUGUUGCACACACACCGGGACUUCAUGCAGACGGUUGAGGAGAAGAGGGUAGAUGUCAACAAAGCUGCUGGUAUGGGUGAGGCCAUACUGGCCGUGUGCCACCCCGACUGCAUCACCACCAUCAAACACUGGAUCACCAUCAUCAGGGCUCGCUUUGAAGAGGUGCUGACGUGGACCAAACAACACGAGCAGCGUUUGGAGACAGCUCUGAGUGAAUUACACAACAAUGCUACACUACUAGAGGAGCUGUUGUCAUGGCUACAGUGGGCGGAGACAACACUGGUCCAGCGUGACACUGAAUCACUUCCCCAGGACAUCGCGCAGCUGAAGACACUAAUCACUGAGCAUCAGAUGUUUAUGGAAGAGAUGACAAGAAAACAACCUGAUGUUGACAAAGUGACGAAGACAUAUAAGAGGAAACCAGCAGAACAUCCCAGCAGCCUGUCGGAGAGGAGGGGAACCCGAAAAAACCAGCAGCAGCAACAACAGCACUCGGUACAGGUUACCGGCGGGAACCCUCGCCUCACCCAGCUUUGUUCACGCUGGCAGCAAGUGUGGCUGCUCGCCCUCGAUCGCCAACGCAAGCUCAACGAUGCCCUCGACAGACUAGAGGAGCUUAAAGAGUUUGCCAACUUUGACUUUGAUGUGUGGAGGAAGAAAUACAUGCGCUGGAUGAAUCACAAGAAGUCUCGCGUCAUGGACUUCUUCAGGCGUAUCGACAAAGACCAGGAUGGAAAGAUUACCCGCCAGGAGUUUAUCGAUGGCAUCUUGGCAUCAAAGUUCCCCACCAGCAAGCUGGAGAUGACAGCAGUCGCUGAUAUCUUCGACAGCGAUUGCGACGGCUACAUCGAUUAUUACGAAUUUGUGGCAGCUUUGCACCCCAACAAAGAUGCUUACAAACCAACUACAGAUGCCGAUAAGAUCGAAGAUGAGGUCACCAGACAAGUAGCCCAAUGCAAGUGUGCCAAGAGGUUUCAAGUGGAGCAGAUUGGAGAAAACAAGUACAGGUUCUUCCUUGGGAAUCAGUUUGGAGACUCGCAGCAGCUGCGUCUUGUGCGAAUCUUGCGCAGCACAGUCAUGGUUCGGGUUGGAGGUGGGUGGAUGGCGCUGGAUGAGUUCCUGGUGAAGAACGACCCUUGCAGAGUGCAACAUCCUGGACUUAAAAUCCUCCGUUCUGACUCCAGCAUCUCCAUAUCAUCUCGCAUAGUGACUGUCACUCCUGGCUAUUUCUGCUGCAGAGCUCGUGGACGUACCAACUUGGAGCUGCGGGAAAAGUUCAUUCUUCCAGAAGGAGCCUCGCAGGGUCUGGCGGCCUUCCGGUCCCGCGGGCGACGGUCCAAACCUUCAUCACGCACAGCUUCUCCCACCCGCUCGUCUUCAUCGGCAUCACACAGUGCCCACAGCUGCGCAUCGCUGCCCUCCGCCCCUGCCACGCCCACAGCUUCUUCAAGGUCCUCCCAAUCCCAACCUCGUGGCUAUGCAAAGCCCUGGCUGGCACACAGUAAAACUCCAACUCCUUCCAAGUGCCAGUCCUGCCCAGAGCACGGCCAGACCCCUGGGCAUGAGGGAGGUUCCACGUCCAAACUUAAGAGACCAACUUUCCAUUCCAGCCGUGGCUCUUUGACUGGUGAGAAUGGUGGAGCCACACCAUCUACUAAACCUGGACGCUCCGACACUAAACGCACUCCAUCCUCUACGAGCGGCCCGGCCAGUCGAGCAGGAAGCCGUGCCGGAAGCCGAGCCAACAGCCGAAGGGGCAGCGACGCUUCCGACACUUCCGAGCUCAUGGAGACCCGUUCGGCUUGCUCCGAUACCUCAGACACACCUCGCCGACCUGGGGCCAAACCCUCCAAAAUCCCUACCAUCUCAAAGAAGACCCCAAGCCCUAAAACACCAGCAGGGAAGAAAUAAAGUCUCCAGGCCAAUCUAUAUGACUGACACUGAGCUGGUUCUGAUUAACCAGCAGGAGAGAAACAAACAACUUCUCUCGUUCUCCUCUUACUCGCAUGCCCUCAUCAGCCAGCUCAGACCCAUGGGGGUAAAUGAGACAGGACUAGACUCUUACCGAAACCCAGUCCGUCAGACACAGCUGUGCGCCGAUACAGCACCCUACCAUAAAUGCUGCCUUAUUUGUGUUAUACAUCACGUCCUUAAUUUGACUGACGUUUGUGCGAUCGAGAAAGUACGACAUGACGUAUCAAACAUUUACAGUGCACACUAGGGGGCGGUACAGACGGCUGUCACUUUUGCACUGGGGUGUUUUUCACCACUAUGAAUAUGCAACCACCAGUCACUCUCUCUCUCAUACAGACGUGCAUGAUCAUGGUUGAAACAUAUGUGCAGACCACUCGGCGCGUGUCUAACACUUAAAAUAAGAGGAAAUCUUAUAUAUAAACAUUUCCCUAUUUGGGAUCUGUGCACUUGGGACAUUUUGAAAUUCUGUAUGUUUGUGUGUAUGUGAGUGUAUGGUAGUUUCUUCGAACACAGUAAACACGAGAAGAAACGGAAAGGUCUCUGUCUGACGUCACAUGUGAUACUAAAGGGACCCCUAAAGCGCACAGCAGAUAUGUUUCACUUGCUUGCAUUGACCGUCUUCUCCACUGUGUUACAACCAAGUGUCCAUGCAGUCGUUGUGUGAUAUUCUGUUUCUGUUGAGCUUAUUUUGUUACAGAUAUCAUGUUACAGAGCUUUUGUUUUUACAGUAUGCAAAAAUAAUUACAAUUGUGAAUGUUUGUUUCAAGGUUAAUUUAUAAUCCUGAUGUUUUUGUUUCUUUUCUAGAGUAAGAAACUGUAUUUAUUUGUGAUUUGCAGUAUCAUAUCAACUCUCUGACUAGUAUUAAUAUAACCGAAAUGACGUUUUCUACUAAGUAAACAACAUCUCCUGACAUGAAGAAUUGCUUUUGACAACGAUCAUUUCUGAUGAUAACUGACCGUGAAGCUUAAUAAUUUCAAUGGUGGCCUUUUCGCCAGCGACUACACACUUUAAAUGACGUCAAAAGUGGCUUCCUGCUUCUUUUGUGAGAGAAGCGUGGGGGCUCGAGUGAAGCCCCCAUUAAACAGCGCUUUGAAUUUUGUCUUGUCUUUGACAAGCUGAAGCAUAUGAAACCUGAAGAAAGGUAAUUUUUAUUUAUUUAUUGUGUCAUUGAGUAGGGGGAUACGAAAGGAUCCACCUUUUGAUUGUUACUUUUUACAUGACUGAGAGAAAACUGGGUGCAAUUAUGUAAAAGUACAGAAGUUAUGAUUAUAAAUCCUUUUUUGUUCUCUUUUGUAUUAAAAUAAUGCUUGCAGUCAAA